AAGAAAGUACCACAGCUAAUAAUUACUGCAUGUUCUUAAAAAGUGAGCAAGAUGAGUGAGGGAGCAGAGCUGCUGCUGCAGCUGAAACACAGAGCUGGCUGCUGUAUAGAUGAAGCUGAAGCAAAGCUCCACAGCCUCAGUAAGGACAUAUGGAGCUGUCCGGAGCUGGCUUAUGAGGAAAGCAAGUCUCAUGACAGACUGGUAGCGUUUUUCAGUCAGGAAGAAGGCUGGAAGGUGGACGCUCACUUCAAACUGCACACUGCAUUUCGAGCCACUUGGAGAAGUGGAGGCAGCGAACGGGGCGACGUGGUCAACGUGGGUUUCCUGUGUGAGUACGACGCCCUGCCUUGUAUUGGACACGCGUGUGGACACAACCUGAUAGCUGAGGUUGGAGCUGCUGCGGCUCUGGGGCUCAAAGCUGUGCUGGAAAACACGCACAGUGAGCUUCCUGUGCAGGUGCAGGUGACAGUGUUGGGGACUCCAGCCGAGGAGGAUGGUGGAGGUAAAAUAGACUUGAUAAGGGAGGGAGCCUUUGAAAACAUGGAUGUGGUGUUCAUGGCCCACCCCCUGGGGGAUGACGCUCCAUAUCUGCCACAUGUGACUGAACAUAAAGUAACUGUGAAGUAUCGAGGUAAGGCAUCUCAUGCCUCAGCCUACCCCUGGGAGGGAAUCAAUGCGUUGGAUGCAGCGGUGCUGUGCUACAACAACCUGUCUGUGCUCAGACAGCAGAUGAGGCCAGACUGGAGAGUUCAUGGUAUCAUAAAGCAUGGUGGAGAGAAACCAAACAUCAUCCCUGCCUACACUGAGCUGGAGUACUACCUGAGAACCCCCUCACGUGCUGAGCUUUCUGUCCUGAAGGCAAAAGCUGAGAUGUGUUUUAGAUCAGCUGCUGUGGCCACCGGCUGUGAGGUUGAAGUGGAGUAUGCAAGAAAUGCUUUUGACAACUUAUUGCGAAAUACAACACUGGAAGAUUUGUAUGAGAACAAUGGGAAAGCUCUGGGGAUGGAAUUCACCACAGAUGAAGAAGUUCUCAACAAUGCUUCUGGCUCCACAGACUUUGGCAACGUGUCGUUUGUAGUUCCUGGUAUCCAUCCAUACUUCUACAUUGGUUCCAAGGCCUUGUGCCACACAGCGGAAUACACUGUGGCCUCUGGUGAUGACAAAGCUCAGUUCUACACCCUGAGGACUGCCAAGGCUCUGGCCAUGACAGCCCUGGAUGUGCUGCUGCGUCCAGAGCUGCUGCAGAGGGUGAAGCAGGAGUUCACUGAGGCCACAAUGGCUACGGUUACAUGAUGGCUUCUCAUUCAGAAUGAAAUGAAUCUGAAUGAAAUCAUUCAGAAUUAAAGUGUUUCCAGGUAGUUUGCAUGGGAAAUAUUAAUUCCAAAUGAGGGUUUACAUGGGAGAUCAGUUCAAUCGCCUUUAUUCAGGUCUGCGCAAGGUUUGGGGCAGGGAAGGUUUCUGAUUGGAUAGGGGGCGGGGCGGAUGUUACGUGUUUACGUUUACCGGAAGAAAACACUGUAGUCCUCGCUCCGGAUAACAAGAUGCUUGACGGCGCUGUUAUUAGUGCCUUUUUCGGGCGUGUUUUGCUUAUAUUCUUAAAGCAGCAGUAAGACAACAACCUUGUUCUGCUAAUGCUUCAUCUGUUGAGCAGGAGAAGGGAGGCAGAAGACCGUGCUGUGGCGAAUGGAAACCGGUGAGUGCAACGAGUCCGACUAAUGCCCGUUGCUAUGCAGCCCGUUGCUAUGCGCGCUAUACACGUCAUCGCACCAGAAGGGCAUGGAAACGAGCAUGCGCAGAAAGACCGGAAUGAACUUAAAGAGGAAUGAGUGUAUAGAUGCACACAAAAUUCUUUCAUUCGGAAUGACAAACGAAUAAACCACCCCCUUUAAUCAGAUUUAAUUUUCAAUCGGAAUGACCAUUUACAUGACCACUUUUAAUCGGAAUGGCCGUUCAUUCUGAUUAAAAGUGGAAUUAAACUGUCCAUGUAAACGUACUGACUGAAGGAGGACAGGACGCUGACGGGGGAGCACACAGAGCAGACUGCAAAACACUGAUGAUGCAGGCUGACCAUCUCUGAGCUUCCCGCUCACUGACUGCACAGCAGGCUCAGAGAAACUUGUACUUGUUACAUGCAGCGUCCAGGAACGAAGAAUAAUCUGCUACCUUUGAACUCUUUUCUUACCAAAUAAAAUUAAUCCAAAGCAAAGAAAUGUUUACAAGUUGAUUUGUUUUAAUAUUGAACAUAUAUUUGAUUGUGAGGUAUUGUGGAAGCACGUGGAUGACUCAAAAUGCAGGAAUGUGUUUUUUCAGAAAAUGUAUACAUUUUGUUGCUGUGUUUGAAUUUUUUCACUGGCAGGUAAACCUAUGUAAAGAAAAACAGUGGAUUGGUGCUCACACUGCUUGUGUGUUGCAAGCAGGUAUAUUAUCAUUACAAUGAUAAUAGAAGAAGUAUAAAAGUAUAAGAAGUAUAAAAAUCAUUUACCUAAAGGUAAACUAUGCAGGAUUUAAAAAACAAACAAACAAUAAAUAGACUCUAAGUAAUGCCUCUCAGUCAUUACGUAUGACCCAUGAGCAGUGUAUGGUGGUGUCUGUAUCUGCAGAGAAUCUGCCCUCUGUCUGUGUUUCCUUAUUUUCUCCAUAAAGAGUGUUACUAGCCAUGUCUCUCGUCGGCACUGUGGAUGCGGGCUGCAGGUCUGUGUGUCUGACACGGGGAGGUGUUUAUCUGUUCUUUAGAAUGUAACCUCUGUGAAACAAUCAGAUACAAUGUUUUAUUUCAUUCACUGCUUUGUUCUCGUUAAUGACUGCCUCUCUCGUAAUUCACCGUCUAGCUUGCUUUACCACUGUCUCAUUGAGUUUGAAUGUUGUGUUUGAAAAGAAUAAGCAACAAAUUCUGCAUAGUGUGCCUUUAAAAAGGAAGUUUUUAGAAAUAUAUCUCCCACUUAAAGUGCUUCACAUGCUGUCUAUUGGGUACUUUAUGUUUAAUGUUUUAAUUAGUAUCUGUGAUGUAGCAAAAGAUACCCUGUAUGUUUUCAGGCCUCUCAGAGGGUUGAUGAGGAAAUCAAAAAUA